AAGCCGAACACCACUUCUGCAACAAGGAAGUGACGUCAUCAACAUGUCAUGGCCGCCACAAUCAAUAAACAAAUCCCUACCCAACGCCAAAUCCAUUUUCUUCAACCUUCCAAAGCCAACACCUUGUCUUCCCCACGUAUUUCUCACUGCAAUUUCUCUUCUUUUCUUCAUCUCCUCCACUAAACGCAAUCCUUCCUUUGUCAAGUUCCUUCCUUUCGUUUCUUCAGACCGACGUCGUUUUCUCAAAAUCCCAUCCAUGUCUCACUCUGGACCCCCCUUCGCAACCCCACAAGCGCUCUCCGAUUGGCUCAAACCACGGUUACCUUCCGACUCGUUAGCUUUGUGGGGGGUCAAGCCUGGAACCAAAAACGUUCACAACCUCUGGCUAGAACUCUCCGAAGGCGAAACGUCGAUCGUUGAUUCAUCCCCUCCGCUCCGUACGGUUAACGUCGUUACGGUUCGUGUGAUGGGGAAAGACGACCUCGUCCUCGUUGAAUCUCGACAACAAUUGUCUGACGGUAGUUUCAGGGAUCGCUUUAGACCUCUGUCGGAAAAAAUGAAGCCCAAUGAAACCGUUGAAGAAGCCGUGGCUCGUGCCGUGAAAGAAGAGCUUGGUUCGGUAAUUGAUCCUGGGUCGGUCAGAAUCGUGCCGGGUUCUUAUAUAGAGAAACUAGAGGAGCGUAAUUCGGCGUCGUAUCCGGGUUUGCCGGUGCGCUACGUUUUGCAUUCGGUAGACGCGUGGGUUGAAGGUCUGCCGGAGGAAGAUUUUUGUACUAAUGAACAAGAGGAGUACCAGGAUUUGAAUGGGACCAUGGAAUUGGAGAAAGCAGUGUCUGUAAGAAAGCAUUUUUGGAAAUGGGUUAGUUCUGAUUCACUUCGUUCUUGAAUUUCCACUUAUGGAAUGAGGAAUUUGGUUUAAUUAUUUCCAAGUUUUUAUGGGUCUUUAGUUUUUGCUGCUUGUUUAAUCAUGGAAUUAAAGUACCCAUUUUUUUGUGUAGUAAAAAAGGAAUAUUUGAACUUAUAUAUGUAGCAAUAUACAUCAAAACAACAGAGUUUCAUAUACUGUUACAAUUUUGUAUGUAUAUACUAUAUACCAUUGUUUCUGUAUCA